AAGAAAAUAGUAUUCAAGGUUUAAGAAAUUUAUUAAAAAAAAAAAGAAAAAGAAAAUAAGAAAAUCUUAUGCCUUCCAUCACAGAAGCUAUCACUGGUAUGUAUGUAAGUUUCAUUAUCCAUGCCAACCUGCCACUAACGAAGAGGCUUCUUAACGAUCCCCCAUCUUCUCUGCUCCUUUCCAGAAACCAAUUCAUCACAAAGACCUUCCCCAACCACUUCUCCAUUGUGACGGGGGUUUACGAGGAGACCCAUGGUGUCGUGGCGAAUGUCAUGUAUGACCCAGAUUUAGACAAGACGCUCCAUGUUGAUGAUGAUGAGUUCUUCACUCAGAAUCCUGGCAUCAUUCCUGUUUGGACCCUUAAUGAAGAGCAUGGUGGCCACUCAGCCUGCCUGAUGUGGCCUGGCUGUGAUAAGACCUUUCAUGGAAGGAAUGUUACCUACUGGAAACCCUUCCAUGAGGAUGUAACCUUCAAGGAGAAUAUUGACAAGGCUGUGGAAUGGAUGACAGAUGUGACAAAGCCGGCCAAUCUUGUGUUCCUCUACGUGCAGGAGCCUGAUACUGCUGGCCAUGCCUACGGGCCAAACUCUUCAUAUGUCGUGGAAGAAUUGAAAAAGAUUGAUGACAACAUCGGUUACCUCUACAAGAUGCUGACCAUCUUCAACUUGCUCGACACGACAGAUGUCAUAGUGCUGAGCGACCAUGGCAUGGUGGCUGUACCCGAGGAGAACAUCAUAGACCUGGACCAGAUUGUCGACCCAAAGCUUUAUCAUACCAGUGGAGGGUCACCAGUCAUGCACAUUUGGCCCUAUGGAGACCUUCUUGAUCUCUACAUCAAGUUCGACAAUGGAGCCAGGAACCACAACUACAGCGUGUACCAGAAGAAGAACUUUCCCGCGGACUGGCACUACACCAACAACUCUCGCAUCAGCCGCCUCGUGCUGGUCGCCGAUGUGGGUUACGUCUUUCAGGACUGGAAGACCCACAUUGAUAACUACAAGAAGAAGGGACUGCCGGGAUUGACAAACAUCUUUGGUGACCACGGCUACCCUACCAAUGCCUCCGAGAUGGAACCCAUAUUUGUCGCGGCCGGUCCAUCGUUCAAGAGGGGCUUCACGGCACCGUCCUUCAGCAAUGUUGAUGUCUACCCUCUGCUGUGCCACUUGUUGUCCCUCCCACCUGGACCCAACAAUGGCACUCUCAAAGAGAUUGGCACUGUGCUAGCAUACCCUGCAGUGGCUGCACUGGCUAAGCCUCUCCUCAUAGCUUUAGGUUGCUUAGUGAUUCUUGUUGGGCUUAUUGGCAUCCUGGCCUGUGUGCUGUCAAGGAGGGAUCGUAGAGCUGUGUCAGCCGAUUCGCUGAUUAAUGGAUAUGUACACAGGAGAGUGAUGCGUUCCGAGUCCAGCAGGGUAGCAGACGAAGAUGCGAGCGAGGAGGAGUGUCUCUUGGAAAGUGAGGUUGUCACGGUGGAGCUAUAAGGGAGGGUCUCAUGGAGGACUCGUGCCUUCAGAAGACCUCUUGCUGUUGUGACCGAAUUAUUGUUGUGAGAGUUGUAAUUUUUUUUCUCUUUUUUUUU